ACGGACAAAUAUUUGGGGAAGGCCGUCGGCUAAUGUCAUUCGAUAACUUUAUUGACACGCACAUCUCCUGCGUUGUGUAGCGUUUUAUAUUCGGCUGAGCGUUUUAUAUUCGCGUUUAGUGGCGUGUUACAACGUUGUUGUUGUUUUUUUUUUACAGACAUUUGCUCAAGGGCGACGGCUUUCAAGCCUCCUCUCAUAUCACAACGCGGAUCCGCUCCAGAAUGGCAGCCACGGCGGUCAGCGCGGAGGAGAAAUCCGUUCAUUUCUUAUUAGACGCCUCGAUUCUGUACCAGCAAAGAUGUCCGGAGCUGUCCCGCUUCUUAAUGCAAAAACCUCAGAAGGUCAAUGCACAAUCCAUGCUCAGAUCGUCCAACCUGUUCGAGAAGACUUCGGUUUGCGAGCACUGCAGUCAGUGGUUUCAGCCUGGGAAUCACCGGGUGCGGCUGCGUCCCAAGCGACGGCCAUCUUGGCGGGUUCAGAGCGUCCUGCGGCUGGUGGCCCGGCAUAAAUGGCUCAGCUUGACGCAGAAAGAGCUACUGCGGCGUUUCAUGGCAUCUUCCUCGAUAUUGAUGGCCACCUGUCAUUCUUGCAACAGGACAACCAGACAUAAAGGUGUGAACAGGGAUUUUAUUGCCACCAUGUCUAAGACCCACAGCACACCAGGAAGCACUGGCAAACGCAAGACCCCACAGUCAACCAACAGAGCCCACAUGACUACACCCAAGAUGACCAGCAAAGAGAAGACCCCCAGUAAUACACCCAGGUCCACCUCCUCUAAGACCCCAGGAUCUGGCUCAUCUUCUACCAAGUCCACUUCCAAAGUGAAGAAGUGGGUCGUCAAGCGCCUCAGUAAGAUACUCAUACGAGAGGACAACCAGGGCAGCAAGAAGGGGGGCCUGAAAGACUUCCUCUCCUCAAUUUGAGCAUCUGCUAAAUACUGUACAUCUUCUUUUCAUGUGCAAACUCUGCUUUGAAACCAGUGUUUAGACACAUGUUGAAGCCUGUUUAUACCAAAGGCUGUGUGGGAACUCAGUAAGCUUACUGUGGCUCCCAAACAGGUGUUGAAAGGGUUAAGGUUUGCCCACCAACACAGUUAUUGCUGGACUAUAUAGCCCUGUUUAGAAUGGCGCUCCUGGAAUUUGAGUGCAGCAACAAGGGAUGGUGGGUUGGUCAAUCAGUUCUCUGUUGAACCACUUAGAGGGGUAUGUUCUUCUUCUUGUUUAAUUCACUACAUGCCUUAUCUAAUCCCACAAACUUGAGAUAGCGCUAGAAAAGGAAUAUUUCAGUCACUAUCAGAAGGCAAGAACACCACAAGAUACGCAACUUUCUUCUGUGGUGGAUUUUGCAGCGUAGAGAGCUCAGUAAGCCAAGUCAUGCCGAGAUCAUUCUUUAAAGGGUAGGAUUUUGGAUUGAUUUCUUUUUUUCUAAAAAUUAAAAAUGACAUUUAUGAUUUAUAUGAUUAAACAUUUAUACAGCAAAGGGGCUGUUUGAUAUUCAUGCUAGUUGAAGUUGAACUUUUGUAUUUGAAUUGAAUGGACUUGGUAAGUUUAUUUUUGUGGUCCUCUCCAGUGGGGAGGUGAUCCCGUGUGAUGUUGUGAUGUGAUCCUGUUCUUAUGAAGUCAACGGCUAAACAAGGCUCAUUUGUAACAUUGCAAAUGUGUAUGGUAUGUGGCGCUUCAAUGUUGUAAUCACUGUGAGACAUUUCUUUUGUACAUUUUGGAUAAAUGAUUUCAAAAUGAUGCCUAGUCACUAGAUAAGAUAUUGGAUAUUUUAUCAUGGUAACAUCUAGCAAGGGACUGUAAUUGUUUACACCGAGUAGGCACCUCUGCCUAUAAUCUUUACAAAGUUUAGUGACAAUUCACAUUGUCAGUAUUUUCUUUUAAUGUCUUUUCUUUUUUAUAUAUAUAAAAGUAGAGAUUUAUACAAUACAUUUUGUGCAGCCUGAUUUUCCCAGUCACCCACAUUUUCCAUUUAGCUGUUCCUUUUUUGGAUAGUCUGUGCAAAUAAUCCAAACAGGUUGAUGCUUUGCACUAAAUCCUGAAAUACCUCACAGUCGAGUUACUCCAUCACCUUUCUGUUCUGAAAUAAAAACUUUUGCAAUCU